GAGGGAGGUCGCUGUGCAGAGAUGGCUAUGGUAUGCCUUACGGACUUUGAGGAGUAUGCUAAGGAGCAUCUCUCAAAGGCCACCUGGGAUUAUUAUGCAGCUGGAGCAGACGAAUGCUGCACAAGGGACGACAAUCUACUGGCUUACAAAAGGAUUCGUCUGAGGCCUCGUAUCCUGCGUGAUGUGUCAGUGAGCGACACACGGACCACAGUACAGGGGACAGAAAUCAGCUUUCCAGUUGGUAUCGCACCUACUGCCUUUCACUGCCUAGCCUGGCAUGAAGGAGAGAUGGCCACAGCUCGGGCCACAGAGGCGCUCAACACCUGCUACAUCACCAGCACUUACUCCACCUGCUCAGUGGAGGAGAUUGCGGCGGCAGCACCAAACGGGUACCGCUGGUUCCAGCUGUACGUGUACCGGGACCGGAAGCUGUCAGAACAGAUUGUGCACCGUGUAGAGGGGCUCGGCUAUAAGGCCCUGGUACUAACAGUUGACGUCCCCUACACCGGAAAGCGCCGCAACGACAUCCGCAACCAGUUCAAGCUGCCACCACACCUCAAGGUCAAGAACUUUGAUGGAGUGUUCCAGGAGACAGCAGCCACAGACAACUACGGGAUGCCAGCCAACUCCUUGGACCCCUCCAUCAGCUGGAAAGAUGUGUACUGGCUGCAGUCCAUCACCCGCCUGCCUGUAAUUAUCAAGGGGAUCCUGACCAAGGAGGAUGCUGAGCUGGCCGUGGAGCAUGGCGUCCAGGGCAUCAUUGUGUCAAACCAUGGGGGACGACAGCUGGACGGAGGCCCAGCUUCGAUUGAUGCACUGUCAGAGAUUGUGGACACAGUGCAGGGCAGAAUCGAGGUCUAUCUGGACGGAGGAAUCAGGACAGGAAGUGAUGUAUUGAAAUCGCUGGCCUUGGGAGCCAAGUGUGUUUUCAUUGGCCGCCCAGCAGUGUGGGGCCUUGCAUACAAGGGUGAGGAAGGAGUGAGGGAAGUACUGCAAAUCUUAAAUGAUGAGUUCCGUUUGUCCAUGGCUUUAUCAGGUUGCAGGAACGUGGCAGAAAUCAACAGGAACCUCAUUCAGUUCUCUAAACUCUAACAGAUCAGCAGAGGGCAGCACUGAGGGCAAUCCACUGAACAAGAAUCACUACUGAACCAAAACCAACAGUUAUGAACCAGAGCCUGAGAUGCCAUCAUGACAAAGAAACUGAAAGAAAGUGGAAACAUGAAACAUGCAAGCAGCUUCCAUAAUUUGACAAUGACUCAUCUAAUAUCUAAUAUGUAUUAAUACAAAAGUGUACAAAGUGAGGCAGUGUCUGGGGAAGGCUGAGUGUCGGCGGCAGAUUUUUGGCAAGUGAAUAAUGAAAGAGUUUAUCCUUUAAAUUGGAGGGGACAGAGGCACUAUUUCAUGAAAUCAACAAAGUUAUUUUGGUUUUAUUGUGACAAAUGCAAGCGUUAAUGACAUACACAACAGUUUGAGGUUCUUGUGGUUGAAUAAACACCAGCUGAGGUGA